AUGAGUAGCGAAGCUUCCACCAACGUCAAGGAAGUCAAAGGUGAAAGUCCCGCUGUUCCGGCUCAGCCCAAGUCUCCCAAAAUGUCCGCUCCUAAAAGAAAACACCUUCUUACGCCUCCACGAAAGGCCGUUUCCUUCAUUGGUAAGAUGAAUAGUCAAGGAAGGACUUCUGGGGAUGUGCAAGAAGAGUUUUCUGAGUUGGAAUUCGGGCUCUAUGGGAGGCUGGGACAAGCCAAACGACUUGAGGUAGAGGGACCGGUCCUAAAUGGGUUAGCUAGUGGGUCUGGUCUAGAGAAUCAGGGGUUUAAUCAAGGAAAGGUAAGUUCGGGCGAUAGGGAAACUGACUCUGCUGAGAGGGAGCUAUGGUCCGACUUUGAUUUAGAAACAUCUUUUGGGGAUUUGGGGCUAGAUAGUGGGUUUUUUGAUGACCCGGGGAACAAAACCGGCCUUGACGACCACCAAAAAGUGGAAGUUGGCCAAGACCUGGGCCAGGGGAAGGGUAGCCCAGGGUUGGAAGAGGGAUAUGAUGCAGAAGAUGAGGAAGAAAUGGAAGAAGAAAGUCAGGAAGAAUAUGAGGAAGAAUAUGAAGAAUACGAGGAGGAAUACGAAGAAUACGAAGAAGAAUAUGGAGAAUAUGAAGAUCAAGAAGAAUGGGAGAGUGAGGACAGUGAAUGGGACGAGGACAAGACGCACGAUGUGGCGCUGCGCGGCGGAUUCAAGAGAACACCACCACCCUCGGACUGGGAUGAAGAACAGGAGUGGUACAUGGAGGCGCCAGAAAGGGAUCCCGCGUUUGUGGCACGGAGAAAUCGGCUGUUGGAAGCCUUGGGGCCGGCAGGAGCUCGUUUAUUAAACAUGGAUUAG